UCCGGUGUAAGAUUCUGGACACUCCAGGUUUGCACAAAGUCUCCCAUCAUCUCUGUUCACAACCGCAUCCAGUCCCACACGGUCGAUGUCUCUCACGGAAACCUACUGUAUGUAAGCUUGCGCGUGCAUGUUGAUGCGCUUAGAAAAUGCACUGCGGUCUCUUUAAGAGCGAAAGCGCGCUCCCGCGGUGCGACCUUUUCCUUUUUAUUGUUGCUCCGGUGCGGGGAAGAGAAGAGCUGCAGGGAGGAAAACAAACAGUUAUCAGCAGCUAUUAUUUAUUUUACUGCUCCUUUGUGACAUGGAGCGGAGGGAUGUGCAGACCGCAGUGUGAGAGGGAGUUAGAAGAAAUCCCGUCUACACUCGUCUCUCAGUCAGCCGUGCUGGAAAAACAGUCUGAAAAAUGGAGGACAAGAGGAAGAAAAGAAGUCCCAAAGUGUCUCUCCCUCAACCGCCUCCUCCGCCGGUGAACCCACGCAAACUCUCUGUCCUCCCUGCCAGCAAGAGCGCCACCUUCUGUCUGGGUCUCCCACAGCCGCCAUCCCCCAAACCCCGGGGCAAGUACAAGAGAUCUGUAGGAGCCAUGGGGACAACCAAAGAAGUGCUCACUGUGCCCGUGCUGCCUCCCAGAGCCACCAGUCGGCCUCACCGAGAGAAACCCAGAGCGCCUCAGCCGGCCGGCCCGAGUCGGGUCGCCCCGUCCUCCUCUCCUCUGCAGCACUCCUUCCUCACUGACGUGUCGGACGUGAGAGAGAUGGAGGGAGGACUCCUCAACCUGCUUAACGACUUUCACUCAGGAAAACUGCAGGCUUUCGGAAAGGUGUGUUCGUUUGAGCAGCUCGAGCACGUUCGGGAGAUGCAGGAGAAGCUGGCUCGGCUUCACUUCAGCCUGGACAGCCAUGUUGAGGAGCUCUCGGAGGACCAGAGGAAAAGUGCUUCAGACUGCAACCUGGAGCACCUGCUCUCAAAUCUGGAAGAUCUCAGCAGUUCCAUACAGAAGCUUCACCUGGCAGAGAAUCAGGACUUACCCAAGGCCUCUGAUUCCUGAGCUCAAGAUCAGCACAAAAACAAUCUGCUCCCAUCCUGGAGCUGCUGAUAUUCACUAUGCCUCGAUCAGCUAAGCUUAAAAAGCGGUGGAGAAGCUGAACGCUAAACAAGAAGCUUCAAUGGCACCGAACACAAAACCUGAUAGCAGCUCUUCUUUUUUUCUUUUCUUCUUCUUCUCUCUUUUUUUUUUUUAUUCCACAAACUCCCUCUGCUUUGUGCUUUGCCCACAGCACUGUGAAUUCUGAAUAUCUGCUGUGUUUUGGUUUUUAAGGUACUUUAAAUUCCCAGAAGGUUACUGGUUACGUGUUGUUGUGUGCAAAUGGUAAAUAAUUUGAUGCAGAACGACAUGAUGAGAUGGCGCAACUUUUUAAAACCGUUGUAAAUAGAUUUGCAUGAAUUUGGAGUGAAAUUCAACCUCUGAGGCGCUUCGGUAUGUCGCGAUUACACACUUCUGUCGAUGUUUGUUUAUCUGAACCGUUAAUGUUUAAGUGUAAUGUGUCUUGAGGCAUUGAUGAAAUCUGUAAUCGGACCAUUGGCUUACAUUUGGGUUCAUGUAUUCAUUCCUCAAGUGAGACAGGAUCCAGUAGAAGCACACAGCUUUCGACUACAGCGUUGUCAUUUGAACUCACAGCCUUCUGGUGACUAGCACAGAGCCUCACCUGCUCGGUUAGCACAGCUAAGUUUUACUUUGUGCUUCAUCUUAACCACUCGCUAGAGAUACUCUCAGGAAUUGAGGUGGUGCCUCGUCUCUUUGUAGCACAAACGAGAAUUUUAUUGUAAGAAAUGGACUUAAAGACUUAAACGGUUCAGCCCAUAGUUUAAAAAGUAUAUUGCACUAUUAGCGAUAUUACUACAUGACACCAAACCAACGUAAACCUGUUUGGUGCCUGAAGUAUUCUAGUCAGGUUUCUCCUCUUAGCUAGCACUAUACAUUUGGCUCGGUCAUAUAUCACACGGUUUAUAUCACAUCGAUAAUCGAGGAACGUGAACGUUUACAGAGUAGCUGAAUGCUGCAGACAUCCGUCUUGGAGGAACGGAAUACAUUUUAUUUCCAUUUGGUAUCGCUUGACGCCCAGGCUCCUAACGUUUAGAAACGUAACUUGUAGCAAACGAUAAAAUAGCAUGUAUUUACAGGGAAAUUUACACAUUCUGAUCGAGACUUCUAUUAAGUUACCUGCAUUAUCAUCAUAGAUCCCAAACAGCAAGCGUGUCUUGAUUGAUUUGGGAGAAAUGAUCAAGGGGAACAUUAUGUAAUUGACCUUUUCUGUUCCUAGAACAAUGGUUUAGACCUACAACUUAAUUUUAAUAGCGUGCAGUAGCUUAUCAGUCAGGUUUGGAAAACUAAGCACUAUUUUAUAAAGAGAACAGAAAAUUAUUACUGUGAAGAAAAAAAAAAGGGAAUUUUCUAAGUGAAUUAUUUACAGACGUUACUACAGUAGUUUGUUAUUCAUGUUGAAGUAGAAGUAGAAGUGGCUAGGCUACUAAUCUGACUGAAUUCUGCGUUAGCCAAGGACACUUCUUGCUGUUUCAUUAUUCGACAGGGUUAACAGCAUCUGGUAAACAAGAGACUCACAACCGUCUGGUCACUAGAACAGAAGUCACUGUCAUAUUUACACCUUUGUUUUUGAUGUCCGUCUUUUGCUAAUUAAUAAACGGUUAUGUUAUUCCCAUUAA